GCGACGACGUGGUUUGUAGCAGCAGCAGCAACAGCAGCAGCAACAGCAGCAGCAGCAGCAGAGAACAGUUACGUGACGUGUUAGCCAAUUCUCUCUGUGUGCCGGACAAGCACUCACGCCGAAACCGGACAUGCGGUAGAAAGCGGCGAGACAACCUGUGAAAGCGCCCGCCGCGCCCUCAGCGGCGGCAAAUUCUCACGAGGUUGCGCAUGCGCUGAUGACAUUCAUGCCACGAGCCAUCUACGACCUGCGGAGUCAACAGAUCAUAGAACCCAUGUAGAUCUCCAUGUUAACCACACGGGGGCGGAAUAGAGAACCCCGCGACGUUUACUGCGGGUUGAGUAACGAGCUUAGCCUUCGCUUACAACAUCCGCGUGUCCGAAUGAUGCUGUGAUAUCGGCGGCGCAGACGCGCUCACAUUACCAUAGAUAUUAACGACGCCAAAAUCGUUAGCGAAAUAAAGUGAACGUCUGCGUUCGUCGUCGUCGUCGUCGUCGUAGGAAUAGAAGGAAGCUGUGAAUUUGUGAACGUGAACGUAGCAUUCCCCUGUGUUCGUCGCCAUUGCUGUAAGCCGAAGCGGGGAGGAGCGACGCUCGCAGUGCAUAUAUAUAUAUAUAUAUAUAUAUAUAUAACAAGAUGGCGCAGGAAUACCUGCCGUUAUGCGACGUACUCUUCAACAUCGUGUCGCUGGCGUCCUAUUUCUGCGACGUCGUCUUCGACCUCGUCACCGUAUACUCUCUCUACUCGAGCGGGGAACUCGUCUGGUUCGGUAUCGGACUCGCGCUCGUGACGUCAUCGGUGAUUCUGACGCAGACGACGUCGCUAGUCUGGUACGUGAGAAGUCCCGUCAAGAAGGAGAAAUGCGACGUGCCGUGCGUCGCCGCCGCACACGCCGUCGGCUGCGGCGUGCUGUGGCGCUACUGUAAACUGUUCAUUCCCGUCGAUAUGUCCGUCGCUAAGUCGGAGAUUCGCGACCUGUGCACGCUGCGGCUGCUGCAUGGGUUCUGCGAGGCAGCACCUAUGCUGUUAGUACAGCUGUACUACGUGUGGACGCACGCCGUCACCGAUCUCAACAUCGUAUCGACGUCGCUGUCGCUAUUCUGCGUCUGCUGGUCGCUCGCGUCGUACGGCAAGAACAUGCGACGCAAGAACGCCGACGCGAUCGUCAUGACGUGGAUGGGCGUCAUGACGCAGUUCAUGUGGCGGUUGGGGACGGUGUCGGCGCGCGUGACGGCGCUGACCGUCUACGCGACUCUGUAUGGCUACUGGUUGUUUCUCGUCGUCGCGCUGCACUGGAUCAGCAUGCUGCUCUGGCUGCUCUCGCAAAACAUUAUCUUUUUCGGCGAGGCGACGAGAGCGGUGCGUCGCUACGUCGUCUCGAUGGGCGUCGCCGUCGUCUACGUCUUCUGCUUUCUCAACCUGCAGGAAGGACAGUCGCGCCACCGCAUGAUCGCCUUCUACACGAUCAUGCUCGUUGAGAACACGCUGCUGAUGGCGGUCUGGUGGCGCAUGAAGACGGAGACGGACUGGUUUCACGCGCCGGCGCUGUGCGUCGUCUGGGGCGGAUUCGUCGUCGGCAUCUUCUUCAUGGUGCUUUAUUACCACUACUUCCACGUCAGCAAGCUGCGCCUCAUCUAUGGCAGUGCUCUGAGCAUCGUCUCACAGCGUACGCCGACCGAGUGCAUCGCCUGUCGGCUCAGCGCCUGCGACAAACACCCAGCGGUGAUGCAGCGCCCCCUGGCGUCGCCGCAGUACGUGAACAUGGCCGGCGGUAACGCGGACGGUAAGGCGACGCAUCGACCGGCCGUGAACGGACACGUCUUGCAGCGGCAGUCGUGCGGUGGCGGCGGCGGCGACGGCGGCAACAACAUCCAGGGCAUCUUCAACUGUCGCUUCAACCCGCGCAUCAAGCGCAAGAAAAAGAAGCCGAGUUCGUUCGUGCCUCCGCCGAUUCCUCCGGGAAUGGGCCGCAUGGACCAGCCGUUCUGGAUUCCCGCCAAGACGGACAACAAUAUGGGACUCAUGCAGACUGUGCUGAACCGCGGCUGUCCGGCGGGCGACGACAGCGCCGCCACGCGGGAAAAGCGUUCGUCGCUAGACGCCGAGUUGAGCGCGGCGCAGAAGCGUCUGUCGCACUACAGCGACCACAGCAAUUACACGAUUCACACGCACAGCAGCAGCUGCUACCACGGCAAAGCGCACGCGGCCGGCAGUAGGGAGGCACCCGCGCGAGCCGACGACAGCAGCUACAGCCUGCGCAUGCGCAGUCCGGACAUGCCUCACCUUGACGAGGGCAUUGAGAAGAUGUACCGCAGCGCCGUGGACAAGCAGCGCCGCAGUGGCGAGCACGCGAACUACGGCAGCCCGCCAUCGCAGGAGUUUCCGCCGCGUAAGCCAGGCACGGACGAGAUCAUCCUGACCCCUCAGGUAUUGCGGGAAUACGAACGGCAGCUGAACGAAGAUUACCACAACUGCAUCUAUGGCAGCGUGUACUCCGAGCAACUAUCGGCUCCCUACCAGGACAGGCAGCAGCAGCAGCAGCAGCAGCAGCAGCAGCACAAGCGCUACAGCUACGACGGGCAGACGCAGGAAGCGGUGAUGCUGCGACGUCACCAGCAGUCUGCGAGCAUGCCGCGGUCACGAACGCUCCCCAAAGACAUCACGAACCAAAUACACCAGCAGCCGGCGCGACACCGUAACGCCACCCGCGCCGACACGUUCAGAGGACGGAGGAGGUCGGGCGGCGGUUCCUCCGAUGCGGAGAACGACGACAGCCGACGUCAGGCGAAGGUGACGCGCCAACAGAUCAGUGUGAAGAAACUCAACCUCAAAGAUCUUGGAGAGACGCAGUUGUGAGCCGCACAUGCGCUACAGACAGCUGAUGGACAUAUUGUACGUGUGUACGUGUGCACGUGUGUAAGCGUGUACGUGUGUACGUGUGUACGUGUGUACGCGUG